UGAUUAAUAAAUAAACAACAAGCGACUGAGCCGUGUACAUAAAAUACGUUUGGUGUAAAAUCAGGAGCUUUAAAAGUGUUUGCAUACUGUGUUUCCAACAGAAAAUUAAAAUGAUUGUGAUAAAAGACAAUAAUAUGAAGAGUAUUUGGCUGCUGGUGUUAAUUUCGUCCAUUUGUUUGGCAAAUGCACGACAAAUUCGAUACAGCCGUUACAAUACAGAAGUGAUAGAAGACAGUAUGGAGAAUCAAAACAGCUCUAGUGUCGCUGAUAAUCAAACUGUAGAAGAUGAAAACGAAGUAGAAGCGACAGUCCGAGAAAUUAAAUUGGCACCAUAUCCUGCUAGUGGCUUUAGGCCAUCAAGGGCAUUUCCUUUGCCAAACGAGGCAGCUACACGAAAUGUACAGAGUGACAUUGAGGCACAAGUAACAGAUGAAUCAGUAAUCGCAUCAACGACCGAGCCAAUAGAUUUUACAACGACUACGCAAGGAUAUGAAAGUGAGACCAUCACAACAAUUAAUGUGGAAGAAGAUAACUUAAAUGAAGAUGAUAGUGAGAGAGUAGAAGGUGGCGAGGAUGUGUUGUCAGAAGCAGCGGCUCCUAAGGCUCCUUAUCCACCAGCUGGCUUUCAACCUAGAAUACCAUUCUUAUUGCCUACAGAUAGUUUGUUUAAAAGCGAACAACAACAAGAAGCGUCAGAAAACUUGACAGAAAUUCCCAUUGAAGAGGCUACUGAAUUACCAACAGAAACUGAGAUCAAGGCACCUUAUCCAGCAGCGGGUUAUCGACCAUCUAAAGCGUUCCUCUUGCCAUCGGAGCAAUUGCAAUUAGAAAAUGAAAAUAGAGGGGAAGUCAACACUAAACAUGACAACAGUGAUCAUCCAGUAUGUGGUUCCAGCACGAAUCCUUUAGCUCCUAUGCCCUUGGAUGGCGAAAAAGAAGAUCCUGAUUCGGAGACCAUUAAUGUUAAUACCCAAACCCAAAGAUCACAACAACAAGAACAACGUGCUAUCGUAAUACCAGUACGUUUUUCGGUCCAUCCUCUCCUGCUAACCAGACCUCUUGUCUACAGUGCUCCCAUACCACCAUCAUCAUGGUGAAACGUUCCAGAUGUCAUUAUUGAAUUUCCUUCUUUUCUAAAAAAAAGUUAUUAAUCUACUAUUUUUCAGUAUUCCAUUUAAAUUUCUUCUGUUAAGUUUAUUUUUUUAUUCAUUAAUAUUUUCAAUAAGUUUAUACAAAAAGUAACACAAUAUAUUUUAUACGAAAAACAAA